GUUGACUUCAUCAGUGGGACAGAGACCAUGGCGGCGGCGGCGGCGGCGGCUGCUGCUGCUGCCUGCGGCCAGCACAGCGCGGCCGUUAGCGGCAAAAAACCGCAUACUAACAGGGAGCACAGUCGGAGGAACCGGGAGAGCUCUCGCCGGAGACAAGCCGCUCUUUUUUUUCUCAACAACAUCUCCCUGGACGGACGGCCAGUCCAGAGCAAUUUAGCCGAGAAUGGACGAAGCCGCCACCACAAAGAGACCGACUUGGAGGGAGCCGACUCCGGCUCUAGGGUGGCGGGAGCGGCCGGGUUGUGCCCGGAGCUGGGUAACAAUAACAGCUAUGGGACAUUCUCCGGUUUGUCAGCGUCCGUGAGCUGCGGGAACGUCAGUCCUUCCCCAACACCGAGGACAGGACUCCUCAACGUACCGCCUAUCCUCGUCCUGCCGUCGGACACGGGGUUCAACGAUGUGGGGAGCGCGGAGGUGCUGCUGGAGUGCCGCAGAGGCUCGUUCCCUUCACCGGGUAACAGCAACCUGCUCUCACCGUCCCCAUCCAACACCAGCCUGCUGCCGUCGCCGGUGGGACCGCGGAAGUCUUCCACACUGCUGUCAGUUCAGAGCUGUAACUCGGUUUCCUCGGAGCCGAGACAAAGGACUCGUAACCUCUCUGGCGGUUCUCCUAGACCUCGACACACCAAGAAGAUUCACUUCAUCAAAAACAUGAAACAGUACGACACGAGAGGCAGCAGGAUCGUGCUGAUCUGUGCUAAGAGGUCUCUGUGUGCUGCCUUCUCUGUUCUUCCCUACGGAGAGAGCUUCUAUCUCAGUGACCCUACAUUAAACCACCCGAGGAGGAGACAUUCGUCUGGAAACAUCUCCACCACCCUGGAGAUGCUGCCGGGGCUAGAGGGCUUCCAACUGGACACCUACGGCAGGUCGGUGUCGUACGCCCAGUUCCUGUACCCCACUAACGCUCUGGUGAGGCAUAAGCCGUCGUCAGCCAGCGACCUGACACUGCAGAUCCCCGUGUCCAGGAGCACGCACAGCAUGCCGGGCAGGAGUUAUCCACCUAGCAGGCUGAACAGCACUGUGGGACUGGACCUAGGUCUGGACGAUGUGACAGAGUAUGACCCUAACCUCCUCAGUGACCACCAGUGGCCUUGUGGGAAACACAAGCGGGUGCUGAUCUUUGCCUCCUACAUGACCACAGUUAUAGAAUACGUCAAACCGUCUGAUCUGAAGAAAGACAUGAACGAGACGUUUAAGGAGAAGUUUCCUCACAUUAAACUCACUCUCAGCAAAAUACGCAGUCUGGAGAGAGAGAUGAGAGUAGUCGGGGAGGAUUGUGGCCUGCAGCCUGUCACCAUCGCCAUGGCGUUUGUCUACUUUGAGAAGCUGGUGCUGCAGGGUCGACUCAAUAAACAGAACAGGAAGCUGGUGUCAGCUGCCUGCAUCCUAUUGGCUGCUAAGAUCAGCAGUGACCUCAAGAAACAGGAGGUCAAACACCUCAUCGAUAAGCUAGAGGAGCGUUUCAGGAUCAGCAGGAGGGAGCUGAUCUCGUUUGAGUUCACCAUCCUGGUCGCCCUGGAGAUGGCGCUCUACCUCCCCGAGAGCAAAGUCAUGCCACAUUACAGACGGCUGGUGCAGCAGCAGCAGUUAUAGCAGCGCCUGGCUCCCCGCAGCACAGCGGCACACCGACGCCUCCCUCCGGGGACCCUCAGCACCUUCCAGCUCCACACUGUGACGGACGGUGCCUGGCUCAAAGGCUCCGGGGAAUCGCCCUCCUCUCUGCUCACAGCGCAGACACCAAAGUGCAGCCACUCUGUGACGGUAAUACGACAGCAGGCCCGGUAAUGUCUGGCUUAAGAGCCCGGAGAGCAACAUCGCUUCCCUUCCUCCUUCAAACACCAAAGCGACGACACACUGUGAUCGAGGGUUCAGCAGCACCGUGGAGAUCACCAGAGGUCAAAUUCAUCACAGCCCCUCAAAAUCAUGUCUCACCUAUUAGAAAAUUAUGCUUUUUUUUUUUUUUUAACUGAUUUCCAGAUCUUUGGCUGUCAUUUCUGGUGGUUUAAAAAACAAAAAAAGCUUCACCGGCUUCUUCCCAGAGAUUUUAGUAAUGGAGUCUAAACACGGCUCUCGUUUGUGCGCCGAACCUCGUGUGAAGGUUUCGAUCAUUUUGGUUAAAUUGGAGUUUUUCUAAAGCUGUGUUUAGCAUUUCUGAGCACUUUUUCUAAAAUCUCUGCGGUCGACAGAGAUCCCUUGUACCGUUAAAGUUUUACGGGAUAGCUCCGCAAUUCUUCAAAUCUGUCCUACAACAUUUCUAACACUGAAACAACUUUUAGUUCAAAAUGUCUUCAGUCCGUGGAAAUGUGGGAACUUUACACUAAAAAGACUUUGGAAGAUAUCCACUUGAUCCGUGUAACUCAGAUUGUUGAAGGCUCAUAUUAACUUCAGAUGAACUUUACAUUUACUUUACAUUUCUGCACAUAGCAAACACUGUGGAUUCUGUCCCCCAUCACUUUUGUUGAAGGGGUCUCUUAUUGGACAGUAUGGACAGGAGAAAACAUUACAACAAGCAGAACCCGUUUCAGUGGUCACAUGGGCCCCUGACUAUAACUACAGACUUGAAAAAUUGCAAACUUAUCCUUUCAGCAUGACAUUGGGUCUAAGACGUUUUCAAACUCGCAACCAAUCAAAUUACUGCCUUAGGGUUUCCGAAGUUUUCAUUAUCGUAAUUUUUUGACAAGAUUUUCUCCAGACCUUUGUGUGCAUUAGGUCUCCUUAUCUUAGGUUUAGGUUAUAUUUAACCGUCUCUAAAGCUUCAUUCCAAAACUGCUGCGACAACUUUGGAUUUCACCGCCCCCGUAGCGCUGUGGGCCACAGUCUCUGAGACUGCCAUGAUGAAGAAAUUGGCGAUAAAGCCAGAAAUGGCACUUCUUAUUUUGGUUUAAGUGUGCUGACAGACACUAAACACAGUCAUGCGUUUUGUGCAUUAGACAAUCAUUGUACUGCAACUUAAAUCAACAGCGCUGACUAUUUUUAGCAACUGUAGCAAAGAUGUUGCCAACAUCCCCGUAUUUCAGUUAUUAACUGUGUGAAAUGUAAUUUAAAGCAAUAAAUGAUGUCUUCUUGUUAGCAAGUUUCAGGCCAUGAAGGGAAAACGUUCCAGCACUGUGGUGACAGUAGUUCUUCGCCUAUCUUGUGUGGUUUCAUCCUUUAUUCAUCGGUCAGAUUCUGUGUGUAGUCCUGAUGUCGUUGAUGCAUGUUGUUUUCACCGAGCUGUCCAAACUUCCAGCUGCUUCUGAAAUUUCAGCUGGACUCGGUUUUCCAGGCUUCUGCUCUCUUCUUUUUUCUUUUUUUUUUGAAGAUAUUUACACUCCCACUCUCUCGCUUCACAGCUUCCUCCUGUUUUCUCUCAUUGUACUUAAAUUCAUCAAGAGAAGCUUCACAGGGUUUCUGUGACGUUUCUCAGCAUCAGCAGGAUUUACAUUCACACGCUGAGCUGCAGUCUGCUGCUGUCAGAAGCUCCGCUGGAGAAGUUGAGCCGUUUAAGUGCCUUGCCUAAGGGCACCUGAAGUGUAGUCGGUCAGGAAGAGGAGAGCUGUUCAUAUUCUGCCCACAAAAACUUUCCUUUUGGAUUCAAACCAGCAACUUAAUCUUCACUUCUUCCUCUUUGCUCUCACGUUGUUGUUCCUCCUCCUGAAAGCUGAGCAGGCUGCUGCUCGCUCUGGUGGUCACAGAGAAGCAGCGCGUCCUUCGGAGAAACGCUGUGAUCAUGGGGGAAAAGCAUUCAAGUCACAACUGUUCUGAUAAGCAGUCGAUCGUUUGCCUGCCCCUCCAACUCAGGCUUUGAGAAAUUGUGACAUUUUAAAGACCAAAUGAUUGAUUAAUCAAUAGAGAAAAUAAUUCACAGAUCAGUCAUUAGUUCCAGCUCAAGUUAACUUUAAAUUUCUCCCAUCAUUUUGUGCUGCAGAGCUGAUUUGCAUUAGUGAGAAUCAGAGCGGAGAAACACAAAACAUGGCGGCUGGAAAACAGCGGCUCGCGUACGGUACAACGGUGCCUGUAAUGACUGAGCGACACUUGGACAGCGAAACGACGAGUACCAGCUUGUUGAGGUGGACUGUAAAGACAUGACUCAUGAUAAACAGAAGGAACCCACUGUGGCUCCUGACGUCCUCAUUCUGUCUGCACUGUAAAGGGACAUCAUUACUACCAUAAAGACCUUCCUGUUCACGGACUACCUGGGGAAAAAUAAAAUAUUAUUUAUUCUGUUUUCAUCAGAUCAUAAAAGGACGAACGUUUAACUAAACAGGGGCCUCUAACGGGAUGUUGGUGACUCUCUUUCUUCCAUGUUACAGCAGGACACGGUGGAACAUUUUACCUGCUUUAUCCAGGGACAUAAAGUAAUGGGUAUUUCCUUUAAAACCAUCAGGUACAGGCAGCCAUGUUGGAGGUGACACUACCGCACAAAUAUUCUCUGUAGAACCUCUGUUGUUUUUGCACUUUGCCUUUUUGCUUUCACAAUCCUGAAUCUUUAUUUUAUCACUAAGUAACAAGGGUAAUAAUAUUUUUCUACAUGUGAAGUAUCUUAUUGUAUUAUUGUAUAUUGAGAACUGAUCGAGUCACUGAUAUUUAUUUAUUACUAAUAAUGCUCCAGGUUAAGGAUCAUGUUUUAAAUUGCGGGAGUCACAGUCAGAGCUGAAGUUGUAGACCUGCACAUGGUACAAACGAUCUUGACCCAAGAUCAUUUAGUUGAAAACGAUUCCAGCUGAGGUUUUGAUUUGAAACAUGAUUCUUCAUCCUGAGGUUUCACAUCAGUGUUCUUCCGCAGACGUUAUUUUCUCUCGUGUGUUUAAAGGGACUCUGUUGUAUUCUGGGGCCGGGGUUGAUCUGUACUUGAACGGUGGAGCGGGAGAGCUGAUGGUGUUGGCUCCAGAUUUACAGGUUUAGUUUGGACUAGAGUUCUGCCAAGUGUGUCCGGGUUCAGGUAUCGGUUUUCAGGUUUGCGUAUUUUCACAUGUAAUAUAUCAACAAAAAAAAACUGUCUCUCUUUCUCUCUCUGGGCCAAUCGUGUGCGUUCAUGUCAUGUGUUUCAGGUACACAUGCAGAUGCUUCCUAUCAAAACCACGUUACCGUGUGACAAUAGUUUUGGGGGUUUUCGUCAGCACAAGUAUAAAUUGUGCAUAUCUUGUAGGUAAAAGAAGUAAAACGUUCAAAAACACUGGGAUGGUUCUUCAAAGACAGAGGUUCAGUUUUAGGCCGGUGCAGAACUUUAGUUUCCCUCUCCUGCUCUGACAAAGGUGGCAGAGAAGAAUCCACGCUCCACGAUUUGCACUGAGACGCUUCAGAGCAGAGUCGUAUAUUGAAACUGUUACCUCAGUGAAAUAGAUCGAAGGGACAAGGUAUGUUUGGUCAGUAAAGAGCAGGGCUUCCUUUGUUUAGGUUACUGAAAUAUGAGAGACGCUAGAAGAAGAACUUCACCAGACAACAUGAUAAAUAUAAGACUCUGCUCGAGAGCAGAAAUGGCACACGAUCUUCCAAAGUCGUCGUCUUCUCUACAUUAGAGAUUUGUGAUAUUGAUUCUAUGCAGCUUCUAUUCUGUCAGCCGACCUUUAAUGUGCCACAGCGUUUAUUUUUACCUGACGCUCAUUUAUUUAAACCUCUCACACACACGCACACACACACACCGCACACACACGUUGUUUCUAGUUUCUUGUUUUGUAUCAAGUAAUUAUUAUUUUAUUCUUCUCUGAGCACUGUAAGGCUGUAAAGGGAAAUAUUUACCAAGUGUUUGUCUUCCAUUAAUAAUUAUUGUUUUUUUUACAUUUUAAAAGGUAAUUUUAAGUUAAUUUUUUUUUUUUUUUUUCAGUGGACGAGCAGAGUUGCACCCAAGGCAUCGUGUGAUGUAAAUCUGCAUUAAUAUUAUUUAUGUUGUUUUGGGUUCAGCUGUUGUUGCCACAUUUGUUUUAAAGACAUGUAAUAAUCCUGACUGGAAAAAAAAAAAAAAAACAGACGUCAGUGACAUGAUAGAUCGGGUUAACUUGUUAUUUUAUUCUGUAGCGUGAAGUUUGUCUUCAGCGAUAUCUACCUGCUCCUGCUUGCGUCGUCUUGUUACUAGCUACAGUGCAAACAGCUGCUGUUUAUAAUGGAGUCAGUUACACAGCAGGACUGGUGGGUAUUCAACACAAAAGUGGAGAAGUAGAGGAAAUUAUUUAUACAACUAUUUUGUAACAGAUAAAGGCCAUAUACUGUUUUAACUGCCAAUGUUCAAUUCAUGUCAAAUUUAUUUUCAUUAAAAAGAUGUAAUUUACUGCUUCUGCUGUAUUGAUUAUUUUAACAAACUUUAUUUCAUUCGCUUCAGACUGAUGGCGUU